GUACACUUUUCUCACCCUUUGCCACUGUAUAGAUACUAUAAGAUCCAAGUAUUCUUAUGCAAAUUUCCACAGGUUUUUCACUACAAUCAAGCAUGUCCACAACAAUUGAUCCAACCCCCACUAGUGAAAAAGCUAAUGCUUUAAAAGCUUGGGCCCAUGCGCAUCCAGACAUUAUUGCUGAUUACAUGGCAAGGCAACUCGAAUUCAUGACUGUUGGUGUUGAAUCGAUCCCAACCACACUUGAUCAAAUCAUUGGCAAAAAUGUUGACAACACUGUCCAAGAAGAAACAUACACACUUGCAAUCACAAUUCCAGAUGCACAGCUAACCAAUAUUAUUGCUUACAUCGGGUGCGAUAACUGUGGACGGUGUUGUGAUGUUGCUGCAAAUGUGUCAUUCUUCUGCCCUCAUUGCCCUGAAAAAAAUGCAGCUCCACCGAAAGGAUCAACUUUACCUUUGAUGCUGCAUAUGACACCGGAACUUUCUGCCUUACUGCCUUUGGUCUAGUAUGUGAACAAAUAUUCAAUCUAACAACGGCUAAAAUUUUUGAAAGAAAGAUUAAGGAUGACUAGACCGAUUUUGAUCAAGUUGCUGAAUCUCUACAAUCCACACCAAUGCAUGUCAUAAUCCACCCAGCUCAGGCACUGAACAGGGCAGGGGUGCUGCGAUGGGUUGUCCAAUCAGUUACUUGCCCUUGAAAAUCUGCUAUCCCAAUCUACAGCUUCCAAUCAGAACACAUCAUCCGCGAUAACUCCAGCUUAUCAUUUUGGAUGUGUUCUUAUUUGAGGCAUUCUUGAUUGCCCUUAACCAUAUUUACUACUCAAGCAAUUUGCCAAGCAUUGUCUCUUUAGCUUUGAACUUAUAUCUUCUUUUGAUGUUGUUGGUCAUAUAGAACAGCUUGAAUUUGUUUACAGUUAGGCCUACAAACAAUGCCUCUUUUGUUUGCUUACUCCAUUGCAUGGAUUCGGAAAUUACAUGUAUUUAAAACCUGAUGACU